UUAAAUGCGCUGCUCAUGAAUUCAAUACAAAAAAAAGUAUUUGGUUCGCUUUUCUGUUGCCCUGCGCACAGUACACACUGGGAAGAGGAAAAUAAUUUGUCUCACUACAUUUUCACAACGCUUCCCGCAAUCAGCGCACUUUUGUUUUUGUUUCCGUCAACACGACGCAUCCUGACGUCAUUGCGCGUUGCCCUGGUGCAGGGGGUUUCCAUCAUGGCGUCGAUGCAGAAAAGGCUACAAAAGGAACUAAUGGCUUUGCAAAAUGAUCCGCCCCCUGGAAUGACGCUCAAUGAGAAAAGCGUACAGAACACCAUCACACAAUGGAUUGUAGAUAUGGAAGGAGCCACGGGCACGCUCUAUGAAGGAGAGAAAUUUCAGUUGCUUUUCAAAUUCAGUGGUCGGUAUCCUUUCGAUUCACCUCAGGUAAUGUUCAUGGGAGAGAAUAUACCUGUCCACCCUCACGUUUAUAGCAACGGUCACAUCUGUCUGUCCAUACUAACAGAAGACUGGUCGCCAGCCCUCUCAGUGCAGUCAGUCUGUCUCAGCAUUAUCAGCAUGCUGUCCAGCUGCAAAGAAAAGAGACGGCCCCCCGACAACUCCUUUUACGUGAAAACGUGUAACAAAAACCCAAAGAAGACAAAAUGGUGGUAUCACGAUGAUACAUGCUAAUUAACUUUCUAACAGUCCUACUGUCCCACAUAAAGCACUUUUGAAUCAUAGUCACUGAACUCUGACCUUUUUGACUGGAACAAUGGACACCGUGAUGCGCUGGAGACUAUUUUAUGAACUGCGUUUCCCAGAGGGCAGUUGGGUGCAUGUUUUAGCCGGUUGUAAUAUACAAAAUGAGAAAAUAAAGGAACGUAAUGUGUGUCCCAACAAUGGAUUGUUUUGGGGAAGAAAAGGUCGUUACGCAGCCAGCAAAAGAAAUGGUUUGGUAGUGAGAUUAUUGUUUUAAGAUGAUUCUUGUUUCCUUUUGUGUUUUGUUUGAGUACGUUUAAAAGGUUGUCAUCAUGUGUUGUGUAAUAAUAAUAAUAAUAAUAAUAAUAAUAAUAAUAACAAUAAUAAUAACAAUAACAACGGUGGAUGCAUACUUGGGCAUACAAAGAGACUUCAAUUGGUUAUACCAGGAAGUGGAUCUGAGCAUCUUAUACCAGGAAGUGGAUCUGAGCAUCUUAUACCAGGAAGUGGAUCUGAGCAUCUUAUACCAGGAAGUGGAUCUGAGCAUCUUAUACCAGGAAGUGGAUCUGAUCAUCUUAUACCAGGAAGUGGAUCUGAGCAUCUUAUACCAGGAAGUGGAUCUGAGCAUCUUAUACCAGGAAGUGGAUCUGAGCAUCUUAUACCAGGAAGUGGAUCUGAGCAUCUUAUACCAGGAAGUGGAUCUGAGCGUCUUAUACCAGGAAGUGGAUCUGAGCGUCUUAUACCAGGAAGUGGAUCUGAGCGUCUUA